GUUAAUUUUGUUCCUUCUUCCAAUGAAGGAUGAUAUCAAUCUGUUUGAUUACAAUGUUCAAGACCGAGUAAAUGACUUUGUUGCUGCUGCACUAGGACAGGCUGACAUAACUAGGACAAAUCACGUAAUGUGGACCAUGGGAACAGAUUUUAAGUAUCAGUAUGCACACACAUGGUUUAGGCAGAUGGACAAACUCAUUCAUUAUGUGAACAAGGCAGCAAGGCAGUUAGAAUUUUUCAAAGGGAGGAGUCACUCAGGGCCCAACACAGACUCUUUGGCUGAUGCUUUAGCAAUUGCUCAACAUCAUGAUGGCGUUUGUGGUACGGAGAAGCAACAUGUGGCUAAUGAUUAUGCAAAAAGACUAUCAUUAGGCUACUCAGAGGCUGAGAGGGUAGUUGCGUCUUCUCUAGCUUUCUUUGCUGGGUCAAAGGCAUCAACUGGACAUAGGAACCCAACUGCAAAUUUCCAGCAGUGCCCACUUCUGAACAUUAGUUACUGUCGUGCAUCAGAAAUUGACCUUUCUCAUGGGAAGAAUUUGAUUGUUGUGGUAUACAAUUCUCUUGGAUGGAAGAGAGACAAUGUUAUUCGGGUUCCGGUUAUUAAUGAAGAUGUUCAUGUUCUUGAUUCUGAGGGGAGAGAGAUUGAAUCACAACUUGUUCCUCCAGCUGAUGCUUAUGCAAGUCUAAGGAACUACCAUGUCAAGGCAUACUUAGGUAGCAAACCUGAGGAGGUACCUAAGUAUUGGCUUGCAUUUUCUGUCUCCGUACCCCCACUUGGCUUCAGCACUUAUACAAUCUCCAGUUCCAAAAGUUCAGGAGCUAGUUCAACCAAAUCAUCUAUAUACACAUUUCAGAGAGGUGAAAAAUCAGAUAUUGAAGUUGGUCCAGGAAAUUUGAAGCUUACUUUUUCUGCAGACCUAGGGAAGGUCACAAAUUACGCUAACAGUAGAAACUCAGUUGAGGAAUUGGUGGAAGAGUCGUUCAGCUUCUACACUGGAUAUAUAGGAAGUAAGGAAGACACCCAGAACUCUGGGGCCUAUGUCUUCCGUCCAAAUGGCACAUUUCUUAUAAAGCCUGAAACAGAGGUUCCUUUGACUGUUAUGCGUGGACCAGUGUUGGAUGAGGUGCAUCAACAGAUCAAUUCUUGGAUAUUUCAGACUACCAGGCUUUACAAGGGAAAAGAGCAUGUUGAAGUUGAGUUUAUUGUCGGACCUGUGCCAAUUGAUGAUGGAUUUGGCAAAGAAGUUGCAACUCAGAUUAAAACUUCUCUGGAAAACAAUAAAACAUUUUACACAGAUUCUAAUGGACGUGAUUUUAUUAAAAGGGUUCGUGAUUAUAGAACAGACUGGGACCUGAAAGUGAACCAACCUGUUGCUGGAAAUUAUUACCCUAUCAACUUAGGAAUUUACAUACAAGAUGGUAGGAAAGAAUUUUCAGUGCUGGUGGAUCGUUCUGUUGGAGGAUCUAGCUUAGUGGAUGGACAAAUAGAGCUGAUGCUCCACAGGAGACUGCUACUGGAUGAUUCGAGAGGUGUUGAUGAGGCUCUAAAUGAAACAGUCUGUGUUCUUGAUGACUGCAGAGGACUAACUAUACAAGGAAAAUAUUAUUUCAAAUUUGACCCUCUUGGAAAUGGUGCAAAAUGGCGUCGCUCUUUUGGGCAGGAGAUAUAUUCACCCCUCUUGUUGGCAUUUUCUGAACAGGACGGAGAUGACUGGAUGAGUUCUCAUAUAUCAACUUUCUCAGGAAUUGAUUCCUCCUACAGUUUACCUGAUAAUGUUGCUCUCUUAACUCUCCAGGAGCUUGAUGGUGGAAAAGUUCUCCUCCGGUUGGCACAUCUAUAUGAGCUUGGAGAGGACAGUGUUCUUUCUGCAAUGACGAGUGUGGAACUCAAGAAGCUGUUCCCGGGCAAGGAGAUUGGCAGUGUGACAGAGAUGAGCUUAUCUGGUAACCAAGAAAGGACAGAAAUGGAGAAGAAGCGACUUGUUUGGAAAGUAGAAGGUUUGUUGGAAGAAGAGACCAAGGUGGAGAGAGGUGGACCUGUUGAUCCUACAAAAUUGGUGGUGGAACUAGCACCAAUGGAAAUCCGCACCUUUGUCAUCGACGUUAACCAUCAAGCAGUGUUUGAUGCUUAAAUGGUUUUUAUGCUAUCUAUAUAUAUAUAUAUAUAUCUAUGGUAUGGUACUUUGGUUUGGUUUGGUUGUAACAAAGUAUAUAUAUAUCAUGUCAUCAUUACUAAAAUGAAGUAUAGUUAUUGUC